AUGGGGAUACAGCAACCAAAACUGGGCUGUAAAAAUGGAUGGACACAGUUUGGAAAUAAAUGCUACUUCUUCAGUCACCAAGUUGAACCGUGGAGUGAGGCAAUGUCAGUUUGUCGUGUCUUUGAUUCCAAACUUGCUGAACCCAUGACAUCAGAAGAAUCUAAUUAUAUAAUAAGUCAAGGUCAGAAAGUUGGAGGAUCAUUUUGGAUUGGCAUAUCAGAUAUAAUCGACGAAGACCGAUGGAUAUACUCAACCGGACAAGAACCGAUAAGAGUUAAUAAUUUUCAACCGGGCGAACCUAAUGCCCAUACUUCCGGAAACUGUGUAGUAUUGUAUGGUCCCUUCCGUGGAAAUUGGGCAGAUGAAAACUGUCUUACACUACACCAGUUCGUUUGUGAGACACAUACAGAGUAA